GUCAUCCUCUCGCUCACACUUACAACCUUCUCUCUCACUCUCUCUCUGUUCAUUUCGCGCACGCGCACCCGCGCGUUUGGCGAUAUUCCUCUGCGCAGUCAUCGUCGACUGUUCCCGAUGCACCGUUCAUUAUCGCCGCAACUACCGCCGCAACUACCGCCGCAACUGUUGUACUGCCAAUCCACAGUGCCGGAGCUAUUCUUCCAUUUUUCACCAGUCAUCCGACGCAAGUUUUCAUCCGCUUCUACCGAAACAUGGCGAAAACAUUCACUUCCACCAUCAAUGUAAACAAUUUAUUAAAAUUCCGUGAGGCAUUCUAUAAUGAUGCUAAAAACGUGCUUGCUCAAAAUGCCUGUUCUCGUGUAAGUCCAACAGAAGUAAGCACAUCAAGAAAUAGAGUUCAAGAAUGCCAUCAUUAUUAUACAAACAAGAUUGAAUGUGAAGGUAAACCAGUAACUAACCAAAGAAGUUCAGGUCGCUGUUGGAUAUUUGCAUGUUUAAACGUGAUCAGAGUUCCAUUCAUUAAACACUUCAAUUUGGAAGAAUUUGAAUUUAGUCAAGCACAUGUAUUUUUUUGGGAUAAGAUUGAAAGGAGCAAUUAUUUUUUAAAUGCAAUUGUACAGACAGCCAAGCGAGGCGAAACAGUUGAUGAUAGAACUACUGCUUGUUUACUUUCUAAACCUGUUGAAGAUGGAGGUCAGUGGGAUAUGUUGGUCAAUAUUAUCACCAAGUAUGGUUUGAUGCCAAAAAAGAACUUCCCGGAAUCAUUCAGUUGUGAAACUAGUAAUACUCUGAAUGUUAUACUUAACAGCAAGCUUCGAGAAUUUGCUAUAAUUUUACACAAACUUGUGAGUGAUAAUGCUACAGACAAUGAGAUUAAAACGAAAAUUGAAGAACAAAUGGAAAUUAUAUACCGAAUCAUAGGUAUUUGUUUGGGUAUACCACCAGCUACAUUUGAAUGGAAUUACUACGACAAAUCCAAAGUUUUUAACACUAUUGGACCAAUUACGCCAUUAGAUUUCUAUGAAAAACAUGUUAAACCAUUGUUUGAUGUUGCUGAAAAAGUGUGUUUAGUUUCGGAUCCAAGGCCAGAUAACCAGUAUGGUAAAUUGUAUACGUUGGACAUGUUAAAUAACAUGGCUGGUGCCCGCAAAGUUCUUUAUAACAAUCAACCCAUUGAAGUAUUGAUAAAAGCAGCUCAGGAAUCUAUUGUAAAUCGUGGUGAACCAGUAUGGUAUGGUUGUCAAGUCAGCAAAAGAUUUUCUGAUAAACUUGGAUUAGAAGAUUUAAAAAUUCAUGAUUACCAGCUUGUAUUUGGUACUGAGAUAUCAAUCCCUAUGACUAAAGCACAACGCAUGUUGUACGGUGAAUCGGCUAUGACACACGCAAUGGUUCUAACUGGAGUUAAUGUAGAUAAUGGUGCUCCAAAUAAAUGGCGUGUUGAAAAUUCCUGGGGUGAAGAUCGUGGUGACAAAGGUUACUUGAUGAUGACCACCGAAUGGUUUAAGGAAUACGUAUUUGAAGUGGUUGUGGAUAGGAGUUUGCUCUCGGAAGAGGUAUUGGCUGUUUUCCAACAAGAACCUCAAGUACUACCCAUUUGGGACCCCAUGGGAACAUUAGCAUAAUGUAUCUGAAUUAUCAUUUUAUUAUUAUUACUUUUUUUUUUUUAUCCCUA